AUGACAAGACAAUAUUAUUGUGAUUUCUGUCAGUGUAGUUUCCCUGAUAAUCCAACCAAUCGAUAUAAUCAUCAACAAGGGCAAAUACAUAUUCAGAAUAGAAAAUUACAUUAUGAUUGGUAUAAAGAUCCACACGUGUUUAUUCAAGAACAAUUAGAUAAACCACCAUGUCAUUAUUAUUAUCAAUCAGGGUAUUGUGAAUAUGGUUUAUUAUGUAGAUAUAGUCAUAUCACAUUCAAUCCUUCUACAGGUCAUAUUGUAUAUCCACCUGAAAUCAUACACUGGUUUAAACUACAUCCACAAGACACAAUCACAUCCAAUUCAAAAAGAAAAAGAUAUCGAUUGCCUUCAGGUUGGAAAGUAAAAGAUUUACCCCCUUCAUUGAAACCACCACCUUCAAAAUAUGGUUAUGAUUGGCAAUCUAUAGGUCAUUGGGAAUCAUCAUAAAAUAGACACGUGUUCUUUCUUUUUUUUUUUUUUUUCUUUUUUUUU